AUGGGUAAUUCGAAUUCAUCGCACGAGCCCCUAGAGCGCGGGUUUACCCGUGGAACGUACGGAGAUGUAAAAAAUACGAAAUCGGCUUCAUUCCGACAAAGCAAACGAUCGCCAAAGAAAAUGGAUCGGUUGCGAAAAUCAUUCCGCGAUUCGUUUCGCAGGCGUAAGGAUCGUGUACCGGAAGCAGCGAAACCGCAUCAGUGGCAAUCGGAUGAGCAGGCAGUCCGUUCUGCCACAUGUACUUUUUCGGUGAAGUAUUUAGGAUGCGUAGAGGUGUUCGAAUCUCGUGGCAUGCAAGUUUGCGAGGAAGCGCUGAAGGUGUUACGGAAUUCUAGAAGACGUGCAAUACGGGCGCAGCUGCAUGUCAGCGGCGAUGGACUACGUGUGGUCGAAGACGACACCAAGGGAUUGAUCGUGGAUCAAACGAUCGAGAAGGUUUCCUUCUGUGCGCCGGAUCGCAAUCACGAACGUGGCUUCAGCUACAUUUGCCGGGACGGUACGACACGACGAUGGAUGUGCCAUGGUUUUCUGGCUUCCAAAGACUCCGGAGAACGGUUGUCGCAUGCGGUUGGCUGUGCGUUCGCCGUUUGUCUCGAGCGCAAGCAGCGUCGUGAUAAGGAGUGCGGAGUUACGAUGACGUUCGAUAUGAAGAAUUCCACGUUCACCCGAACCGGGUCAUUCCGGCAGCAAACGAUGACGGAAAGGCUGGCCGGAGCAACAGAUACGGCCGUGGUUGCCCCACAGCAGAAUAAUAAUGCCUCGAAACCGUACAACCCGUUCGCAAUCGAACGACCGCACGCAACACCCUCGAUGCUGGAACGUCAGGGUAGCUUCCGCGGGUUUACACAAAUCGGAUCGGCUUCUCCGUUCAAGCGCCAGAUGUCGCUGCGAAUAAACGAUCUUCCGUCCAACGCCGAGCGGCAGCGGGCAUUCCUCGAGCCAGGCACGCCACAGCGCACGACCGUUUCGCCCAUUCCGGAAGUGUCCCCGCAACCCACGGACACGGUCAGCCAGCUGUGCCAGGAGCUUAGCCAGGGCUUGUCGCUGCUUACCAAAAACGAUGCGGAUGAUUUCUAUCUCAACAAAGAGCUGCAGCUAAAAUCUUCGAUCAGCUCCACCACUGCGAGCAUCACUUCUAGCGCCUUGGUGUCGUCUUCUGGUUCUGCAGUUAGCAGUUAUGUACCAGGGCUGCUAGCCAGGAGCGGUCCGGCUGAAAUCAUGCCUCCUGUUCUACCGACGCUGUCGUCACUUUCCGCCGUACCGACCAUUCCUCCACGAUCUCUUUCGCCGCUCAAUAAACAGCAAACUCUGGACUUGUCAGCACUCGGCAACCACAGUGGCAGCAGUGGAAGUAACAACACGACCCUCAGUCUUGGCAGCAGCAGCAGCACAAGCGCAGCAACGGAACCGGUGACGGCAGGAGCGACAGUGUCCGCGGCCACAACAUCCAGUGUAGUAGUACCCAUCGAAACGGCAUCGCCCUUACCAAACCCGGAACAAUGGCUCGGUCAGAUUGUAAAGAACGUCUCUCCAUCGCCCCGACGCGCCCCGUCAUUGCACAAUCGGGCCAAGUCGCUGAAUGCGGCCGAUCCGUUUGACGCCGAAUGGGUGUCGGAUGUGGCUAAACCGGAAAUACACAGCACUAAUCCGUUCAUCUCGCCACCGAAACCUCCGGCGCAGACGUUCCAGGUGCAUCUGUAAGGGCUGUCGUGGCCACUCGUUCCACCAUCCAUCUACUGCCAUCGUACCGGCGUUUAACCGGCACAGACGAGACUGGAGUGGCUGGUGGUCCAUGCGAGGGUUGAAAUGGAAGCGCACAUGCUCCCAUCUUUCAUUGGUGCUUUCGGGAUUUUUACUUUAUUGGGGACAUCGUUGAUUGGUAGCUAAUUGUAUUAUCUGAAUUGUUUGAUUGUUAUUGCGCUGUGUCGCUGGGAAUGAUCGAAAAGUCGAAAUCGGAGACGAAACAGUCGUGUUGCGGCGAUUCAUUGUUUUAGUUAGAUCGUGCAAAUGGGACUACCUACUUACGUUAGAGCAGCCGCGCAAAGCUGUACCAGUACUUAAUUGUAGCUAUAAACGAAACAUUCUCAAUGGCAGCAUUUUAUCGAAUGAUUCUUCUUACUUACGACUAGCCAGCAAGCGAUAGUGCGGUUUAGUGAGGAACGUAUUUUUGCCAACACCUUUUUGAUUUGCCGAAUGUUGACGAACAUUUCCACCCGUAACAUUGAUCAUUCCCCGUUCGAGGAAGAGGGAAGCAGACAAGUUUUACAAGGUUUUGAUUUGUUAUUCAUAGAGAGACGGCUGAAAGAGAUGAUUCCACUCGCUAUGAGGCAGAUGUAUUCGCGCAGUAGUAGGUACACGGAAUUUAUUCCGUGUUCCGCUCACAUCAAAGAUGAAUUUAGAAACUAAAGCAAUCGCAUUGACGGAGAGGUACGUUGUAAUACAUAAUCCUAGCCCAAUCUACUCGCAGGCAACACACUAUCGCUACUAACAACCUCUACCAAUACUAUUAUAGCUGCUUAACUACUAUUAACCUGAGCAAACGAAAGAAUAAAACGAUCACAUUGCGGCUUAUGAAGCUUUAUCUGUAGUGGUGUAUCUGUCCGUCUGUGUUAUGCGCUGCCGGUAGCCGGAUCAGUAUCCGCUCACCGAGCGACGGGAAAAAUAUGAAAAAAGGAUAGUAUUGAUCGUGUGUUGUAGUUGGAGUGAUUGAAGGAUUGUAUGAGAGGAAGUAUCAUGCAGUGGUGGCAAUUGGUCGGUAAUAGCAAGUGUACUUUAGGUGCAACAGUAGUGAAUAGUAAACUAGUGAGUAUUGCACAAACCCAGCGGGAAAUGUAUCUGCAAAAUUACUUACCCACACUAUCGUCCCAAAGGAGGGAGUGGUCGCAUUAAAUUGUACGUGUUGAAAUGAUGUCCAUUUUAUUUACCCUCCUCUUCCUUCCUUCUCCUCCCACUGUCACCCCUUCUCCUACCAAAAUACGAUCGCCGUGAGCAGCCAUGUGGCUGGACGUGGUUCCAUUUUUUUGCACAAGCAAACCUAUAUUCUACUGUUUUGGUUGAAUGUUUCACGUGCGAGGAUAAAAAGAAAGUAUAGAAAAACGUAUUGUGAUUACUAAUAUAUACAUCUAUUAGCAUAAAAUUAAGGUUACGAGACAAAGAAAACUAUUAAAGCAAAUCUGGAUGCAAAAUUAACGACUUGAAAUGAAUUACAUGAUGAAAGAAGCGCAAGAAUGCAUUUGGAAAAUAGCGACUAAAAUGUGUCGGAAUAGUCACACAAGAUAAACGCAAAAAAUUAC